AAAGCUGUCCUUAUCGACCACUGGCGAUGGCCUUUCCAAAUGGCCGCCGCGAGGCGCUCACAGUGCAUGAGCGCAACGCUCUAAUUAUGCCGUAUGCACCUUUGAGGUUUAUCCUUGGUGCUUCACACCUUUAGAACCUGACAAGACUUUGAUCUGGUAUUGGCGCUUCUGGGCGGCUAUUUGGGACUCAUCAUUAUAAUCACUUGUUUCGCAUUUCCUGGAGGUGGGUUAACUUUGUUUCUAUUCGCAUUCAACAUUAUUCGUUUCUUCAAGCGCUCCUCUACCUUUUAUUUCUUGUUUUUUGUGUCAUUUAGUCACAUUGUUGGUGUUUAUUAUUAUUGUCCUCCCCAUCUUUCUGGUAAAGUUGUAACAGAUCGACACUCGUUAUUUCUUCAUAAUGUCCCAUGAUACGAAGGGCCCGGUUUCGACCUCGGAGUUCGAGGUUGAUCCUCAAGACUUGCAACACCACUCCCAUCUUCGAACAAUACGUCUUGUUGAUGGCGCCAGAGUCGGCUUGACCCUGCUCGCUCUGCUUUCCGGUAUCACUAUCCUGGGGACUUCUGGCCAUGCUCUGGACGUUUACAACAACACAUCAUUGGCGACGAAUUUCUUGCUCCCAUUGUGGCCCGAUGAGUUCGAUGCUCGCCCAACGGUUGCCCUUGUGAUAGGAAGUGCGAUCGUCGUCCUCGCCAGCAUCCUAUCACUAGCUUUCAGCAAGACGGCGUCGCUCCGUAGCCGAGUUGCUAUCCACACACCAUUGACACUUGUCACACCUUUCGUUGGAUUCACUGCAUCCACGAUCGCAAUGAUCCUCUUCUAUGCUGUUAACACAUCCAGCACAGUUGAUACACUGCAAAGCUGGAGCUGCCAGUGGGAGUCCAUUGAGAUGACGGUACAACCUUAUUUUGGUACGCUUUGCCGGGAGAGCAAAACUGCACUCUACCUGUCCGUUAUUCUGGUGCCCGUUGAGGCUGUUAUUCUGUCUUUGGCCGGAUACCAGCUGGCACUGGAGAAAAAGGCCGCUGGCCUCGCACGCUCCACAAAGCGCGGCAGCCCUACUCCAUCUGCUUGAGAAGGGGAGGCCAAGCUUUCCCCUCGAGAAUUUUAUGCUUCACGCUGCUAUGAAUGCAGAGAUUGGGGCUGUAUCCAGGUGCCGUGUGGAUCGUUGUAGCAGUAGUGGAUGGGUUUGAAGUCACACAAGGUAAAUCUUUUUGUGAUUGGAAAGGGGGGUUAUGUCAGGUGGCUUGACGUGAAACGGGUUUGCGCAGGUGAUAUUGUAUGCACUAUGACUAGACGACCUGGAAUGGAGCGAGUUCUGAGGUGUACAGCGAACUAUCUGGUAUGCUGUUAUUGUCUGGACUUAGCUGAAUAAUAACCACCUUGUAAUUCUACAACAUUAAACCUCCAAGGCGACGAUGGAUAUCGGAAGUGAAAUGGGAGUAUCGCCUCGUCCGAAUUUUUAUUUUUAUUUUAAUUGCCGUUUUACGUCAGACUUGUGCCAGUAUGAUAUUGGUGUUCUAUUGGCUCCGUGCCACGCAGUGAACGCGUUGAGGCUCUC